CACAGCUGAUCGCUUUAUUUCAAAACUGUCUUUUUGUAAAGUUGACACAAUUAGAGAGAUAGUAGCAGGUGUGAACUUUUUAAUCGUGGUCUGAAUUUUCACGCCGAAAUUCGGGUAGGUUUUCCCUCACAUGUUUCCACGAUAGAUCGCUAUGGACGAGGACACAGAAUAUUUGAAGCUUCCAAUAGAAGAUCAGUGUGUCCAUAAAUUAUGGAAAGCCAGAGUACAUGGAUACGAAGCAGCAUUGAAACUGUUUGGACAGUGGGAAGAAAAAAGUCCUGAAUGGAACAAAUUUACUUUUCUUAUGAAAAAAAUUGUGGUAGAUAGCAAUGCAGUGGCACAAGAGAAAGGGCUUGAAACUGUCCUUUGCUUUGUGGAAAAUUCAGCACAAGCUUCUAAAACUGUGGGAGAUGUUGUGAGUGGGCUCAUUGCUAAAUGCCUGGGAGCACCCAAGGCCCGCACUAAGGAGAUGGCUAUUCAAAUUGCUCUAAUGUAUGUUGAGAUUGAAAAGUAUGAAAUUGUGCAAGAAGAAAUUUUAAAGGGGAUAGCUGCUUCAAAAAAUCCCAAGGUUGUUGCAGCAUGCAUAGCUACCUUGACACAGGCAUUAAGAGAGUUUGGGCCUAAAGUUAUCAAUUUAAAGCUUGUACUCAAGCAAGUUCCUGUGCUUUUAGAAGAUAGGGACAAGAAUGUAAGAGAAGAAGGAAAGAAAUUGGUUGUUGAGCUUUACAGAUGGAUUGGACAAGCUUUGAAACCCCAGUUGUCUGCUCUUAAACCAAUUCAGGUUACCGAGUUAGAAGCAGAAUUUGAAAAGCUGGGUAAUGAGAAACCACAACAAACCCGAUUCUUGCGUUCGCAGCAAGAUUUAAAAGCUAAAAUGGAAGCUCGAAUGGCAGAAGGAACUGAUGCAAAUGAAGAAGAGACUGACAGUGCGGAUGCUGUACCGGAUAUCGAUCCUUACGAACUAUUAGAACCUGUCGAUAUUUUAUCUCAAUUACCUAAAGAUUUUUACGACAAGUGUGAAGCCAAAAAAUGGCAAGAGCGGAAGGAAGCAAUGGAUGCAUUAGAGCAAUUGGUUGCUAAUCCGAAACUUCAAACUGGAGAUUAUGGGGAUUUGGUGAGGGCGCUGAAAAAGAUCAUUGCAAAAGAUUCCAAUGUGAUGGUUAUUGCUGUUGCUGGCAAAUGCUUGUGUGGUCUGGCCAAUGGAUUGAAAAAGAAGUUUUCUCCUUAUGCGUUGGCCUGCAUCCCUACAAUUUUAGAAAAAUUUAAAGAAAAGAAACAAAACGUUGUAACUGCAAUGCGCGAGGCUAUUGAUGCCAUCUACCCCAGUACGACAAUCGAAGCCAUUCAGGAAGAUGUUUUAGCCGGUUUGGACAACAAAAACCCGUCUGUCAAAGCUGAAACUGCGGCUUUUUUGGGUCGCUGUUUUGCAAAAUGCAAUGCAACAAUCUUAAACAAGAAACUUCUUAAAGCUUACUGUCCAGCUUUGAUCAAAGCCUUAAAUGAGUCUGACCCUGGUGUACGUGACAGUUCGGCCGAAGCACUUGGCAUCGCUAUGAAAGUCGUUGGGGAAAAAGUAAUCAUGCCAUUUCUUCCGGACUUGGAGGCAAUGAAAAUGGCCAAGAUCAAGGAAUGUUGCGAAAAGGCUGUAGUUAGUGGUAAACCUUCCGGUGCGGCGAAACCCAAAGCUGCUCCAAGUAUGCCGGAGUCAAAGGAAGCCGCUCCCAAAGUUGCAGAUGCAGCACAAAAACGUCCUGGCGCUGUCAUUAAGAAACCGACACCAGCUGCUUCUGGAAGUGGUCCAGCGAAAAAGCCUGCUGGAAAAGCAGUCGCGAAAAAAGCACCAGGAGCAAACGCCAAAGUAGAAGAGAAGAUUGAGAAAGAACUUUCACCUGAAGAGGUGGAAGAGAAAGCUGCGGCUAUUUUACCCCCAGAUGUCAUAACAGGAAUUACAGAUGCCAAUUGGAAAACUAGAUUGGGUGCCAUGGAGUCCAUGAUGCAGACGAUCCAAACACUCGAAAGAGCUGACAUACCUACCCAGGUUCUCGUGAGGACAUUGUGUAAAAAACCAGGGUUGAAAGACAAUAACUUCCAAGUUACCAAGUUAAAGCUGGAAGCUGUGAAAUUUCUGGCAGAAAAGUCUGAUUUUUCGAAGCGUUCCGCUGAAUAUGUCAUUAACGACGUUGUCGAUAAACUAAGCGAUGCCAAAAAUGGAUCCAUUACAACAGAAGCUUUGACCGCUAUAGCUGAAGCUACCAGCCUAGAUUUCGUUGCAAAUCAGGUGACCGAUUUCGCCAUGGGACAAAAAAAUCCAAAAGUUCAAGCCGAAGCACUGGUUUGGCUGUCAAACGCGAUCAAAGAAUUCGGCUUUGUUGUCCAACCGAAACCGAUUAUCGAAACUGCCAAAAAAGGCAUCAGUGCAACUAAUCCAGCAGUACGGACUGCUGCAAUUACGCUCGUGGGUACGUUGUUUUUGUACAUGGGACCACCUCUACGAACAUUUUUUGACGGGGAAAAGCCAGCCCUCUUGCAGCAGCUAAACACAGAAUUUGAUAAGGUUCGAAAUGAAGCCCUUCAAAAGGUGACCACCAUAUUGAAUGAUGCCAAGUUUAUUACGCCCCAGUUGGGCGAAUUGCCUACUGCGCUUGCCGCAAGGAUGUCUGAUUCGAAUACUAACUUAGUUCAACAAGCAUUGACAAUUGGACAAGCCCUUGCGAUUGCCAUGGGGCCGAAUUGUCGACAACACGUUAGGGUACUUUUACCUGGGUUUUUACAAGCCCUGUCAGUAAAUAAGCCAACUGUGCGUGCCACAGCUAUUUCUUGUUUGAACACGUGGGUGGAGCAAUGCAACGGAAUGAAAGAAUUCUUUGAGGGUGAAGUCAUUGCUGACGCGCUGAGAACAGGAAACCCUUUCGUAAAAGCAGAUCUGCUCACUUGGCUCGCAGAGAAACUGCCUAAUGUCAACGCUAAAGUAUUGAACAAGGAUGAUGUGACGGCCUGCGUACCCCACUUGCUUGCUGCUAUUGAAGAUCGCACAGCUGAUGUCCGCAAAGCAGCUCAAGAUGCAACCUUGGGUUUCAUGAUUCAUUUGGGUUACGAGAGCAUGUCAAGGCAUGCUUCGAAACUGAAGCCUGCAUCUAAGUCCAUCGUUCAAGCUCACCUGGACAAAGUUCGACCUAACUUGCCCACAAAACCUGUGGUUGCUGCUCCUCAACCAGUUGCGAAGGCUAAAAUUGCAGCUCAGCCUUCUAAGGAAAUUCCAAAAGAGGAUGACGAUGCCGCUAAAGCUCCUCCAGGAAAGGUCUUGCGGGCGCCGUCCAAGACAAAGAUUGCUGGACCUGCCGCAGCAGCAACAGCUGUUCCGGGAGCAAAGAGCAGUCGUAAAAAAGAUGACGAUGUUGAUACUUCACCGCUGCUGCCCUUAAAUAAUCUAAAAACCCAACGUGUCAAUGAUGAGCUCAAGCUGAGAGUGUUGAAGUGGAACUUUGCUGUGCCUAGAGAUGAGUUUGUUGAUCAGCUGAAAGAACAAAUGAACACGGCAGGAGUCAACAAGUCGUUGAUGACUAACAUGUUCCAUAUGGAUUUCAAAUUUCACAUCAAAGCAAUUGAAGCGUUGAAUGAGGACUUGAGCGUUAAUGUGGAGUCCCAAAAAGCCAAUUUGGAUUUGGUUCUAAAAUGGAUGACUUUACGGUUCUUUGACACCAACCCUUCAGUUCUUCUGAAAGGUUUGGAGUACCUGCAAAGUGUUUUUUCGUUGUUAGCCCAAGAAGGCUAUCACAUGUUAGAUUCCGAAGCUUCUUCAUUCAUACCAUAUCUUAUAACAAAGGUUGGUGACCCGAAGGACGCAGUGAAAAAUAGUGUUCAUGGCAUUUUUAAAACCCUGUGGCGCAUCUAUCCAGCUAGCAAAUUAUUUCCCUAUGCCAUGGAAGGAAUUAAAACAAAAAAUGCUCGCCAAAGAACAGAAUGCCUUGAAGAGUUAGGCAGCUUGAUUGAAGAGUUUGGCGUCGCAGUAUGCCAGCCGUCUCCAAGUGUUGCCCUUAAAGAAGUCGCUAAGCAAAUUGCUGAUCGUGAUAAUGCGGUUCGCAGUGCUGCCCUCAAUUGUAUCGUUCACGCCUAUUGCCAGGAAGGAGAAAAAGUUUAUAAGUUAAUUGGACAGCUGUCAGAAAAAGACAUGUCCUUGUUGGAAGAGAGAAUUAAACGGAGCGCCAAAAAUCGUCCUCCUCCCGGAGCUGCCCCUGCUAAAACCGCCCAGACUCCCACUCCAAAUCCUGGUCCCACCUCACCCGAUACUCGUUCUGGCUUACCCGUUCGAGGAGCUCGCCCGGCUUCUGCGUACUAUGCAUCAGAUAACAAAAACACCAGAGUUGAAGUGGCAGAGCGACCCCAAGCGCGACCAAUUUCCGGGGUGUUUGCCAUGGAGCUGGAACAAACCGUUCAAAAAGCUGCAGGUUUACGAGGCAAUAUCGAUUCGAGCAUACAUAUUGACUUAGUUCAAGUGAAUUUCGAUGAUAUUUUGAACGAGGCUGUUCCAAUGCCAAGAUAUAAGAGGACAGCAGUGGGAUCAAGCCAGGCGACCGAUCAAUUCGGCAAGAUUAAUAGUACAGAUCCUGCUCUUGACAUCAAUAUUUCACAGAUUGCCCAUCCAUCCUUAAAUGUCUCGUUAAAUGCCGUCCAACACGUCGAGAACGUCAUUAAUAAAUCUGCUGACGAAAGUUGGCUCGAAACGCGAGUUGACCAGAUUUUAAUAGGUUGUACGAUGCAACUGAGACUCCUCUAUCAGUCGCAAGAUCGUUCGUUGAAAGACAUUAUUCAAGGCUAUAAAGCACUUCUCCGAUUGUUGAUGGCGCUUUUUGUUCAAAGCAAUCUUGCCCAGCGUGGGUCACGCGAUGUGCUACGCGAUUUAGCUAACUUGAGCUUGCACGUCAUGUUGGAUUCUCGACUGGAAACGGCGGAUGAUGCAGAUCAGGUGGUUCGAGCACUAAACGUCCUCGUCCUAAAAAUGGUAGAAAAAUCGGAUCACACAGCAAUGACCAGCGCCCUUUUACGAUUGCUGCACGAUGCAGUAGGUAGUGAUAACUCGAAUGGCAAGUACAUCGAACUUGUCAUGAAAUGUUUGUGGAGGAUAGUUCGAAAUCUUAAUGAUUGGAUCAAUACCAUAAACAUCAGUACCAUAUUAGUUGAUCUUCACGCUUUCCUCAAGGCCUAUCCGUCAUCAGUUUGGAAAGAUCGUCAAUCGGAUACACCCAUAAGAACUAUCAAAACGAUUAUUCACACGCUUGUUCGGCUACAAGGAGAUGCCAUUCUUUCAAAUUUGGGGGCAAUCGAUAAUCUGAAAGAUUCGGAAUUGGAGCCUUAUCUGCAGAAACUCCUUAAAAGUGGCGUUUCCAAGGAAAAAGAUUCGGCCAGCAAAUUACCUACCGGUGAUCAACUCUCAGGUGUGCCUGAAAAAAAAGACAGUUCCGUCAAAAUUCGACGACUUUCAAAGUCCACCCAGGAAACGUUGACUGCAAUAUUUCGCAAAAUUGGUUCAAAGGAACUAUCGCAAGAGGGACUUGCGCAACUUUACGAGUUCAAACAGCGGUACCCAGAUGCUGAUAUUGAACCGUUUUUGAGCCGUUCAUCCGAUUUCUUUAAGAAUUACAUUGAGCGAGGUCUAAAGUUCAUUGAAGAGAAGAAACGCAAGGAACUUGCUCAGGGCCUACUGACUCCAGACAAUAAUAAUCCUAUCGAAGGCAGCCCCGUCCAACAGUCUUCUGGUUCCGAGUCUGGAGUAAACCCUGAUGCAUACCGAGAAAGGCUGAAGAAACUUCGUGCCCUCGCUGGACUGGAAACCAGUCAAGUUACUAGCUCUAACGCUUCAAGCACGAUAAACCAAUUUGGAUUUUCAUCUUCGUCUGUUACUGUUACGCAAACACGAACUGUUACAGCGAUUUCCGGGGAUUUUGAAAACAAGGUACCCGUCGUCCAACACGUCACCACCAGCUCGUCCGCAACCAGUGGUAUUGAAGAUUAUCGCCGCCGCUUGGAAAUGUUAAAAAGUGGUGGCAACCUUUCGUAAACCAAGUUUUGUGAUUCACCGUAAGAAAUGCUUGCCCUCUUUGUUCUGAGCAGUAGCGAGAAAGCUCUGAUCAAUAUUUUUAACGUGCACCCCACUGAUGCUUUUGAUAUUCUUUUUUCUAUUCUUGGUUUGUUGCGUCCUUUAUCGAAUCGUUUGUAGCCUUCACCUUUCCUUCGAAUGUCAUUUGUACUUUAGGAAACUUAAAUUGUCUCAAAAAUAAACCCAUCACGCAAA